AUGGCUUCAGAAAUCACUUACGCGGAAGUGAAGUUCAAGAAUGAAUCCAACUCCUCGCAUAGCUACUCAGAAUCUCCUUCAGCUCCCAGGAAGAAACGUAUCCAUCAUCUAAGUAAGCCUGUUUCCCCCUCGCUGCCUUUUACAUCCCUGAUGGUACUUCUCCUGCUGCUGGCAAUCACAUUCUUAGUUGCUUUUAUCAUUUAUUUUCAGAAAUACUCUCAACUUCUUGAAGAAAAAAAAUCUAUAAAAGAUAUAACUCACAACAAAUUGAACUGCAGAAAAAAUGUUUCAUCCAUGGAAGCACCCCAGAAGGGAAAAGGGGAUCUCACAUUAUUGAUAAUAGAGGUAGACAUGAAUUUCUUGGCACCUGAAGACAAAGUCUGGAGCUGUUGUCCAAUGGACUGGAAGGCAUUUGGUUCCCACUGCUACUUCAUAUCGACCAACCGGGCAUCUUGGAAUGAGAGUGAGGCAAACUGCUCCCAAAUGGGUGCUCAUCUGGUAGUGAUCCACAGCCAGAAACAGGAGGAUUUCAUCACCGGAAUCCUGGACAAGGCUGCUGCUUAUUUUAUAGGACUUUCAGAUCCAGGUCAUCGACAAUGGCAAUGGAUUGAUCAGAUGCCAUACAAUGAGAGUGCCACAUUCUGGCACAAAGGUGAGCCCAACAAUGACAAUGAAAAAUGUGUUAUAAUAAAUCAUCCUAAGAAUACUGGAUGGGGCUGGAAUGAUAUCCAUUGCAGUGAUGAACAGAAGUCAGUUUGUCAGAUGAAGAAAGUAUACUUAUGAAUCACACAUUCUCCAUUGACAUGCAAUUUCAUUGUCAUCCACCCUUAUAUAACUACCUGUUCGUCACAGAAUUUAGGUGGGAAGAAAAUGGUUAUACAUAUGAAAACCCUGGACCACAUAUAUAACUGUAUAUUUAUGUACUUAUUUCUUCAU